UGUGUCUGGUUUCAUCCAUCAGAUGUCUGUGAUCUCACACUGGACCUAAACACAGUAAACAGACUACUCUCUCUGUCUGAGGAGAACAGAAAGGUGACAUGUAGGACAGAGGAGCAGCCGUAUCCUGAUCACCCAGAGAGAUUUCAGGGCUGUGGACAGGUGCUGUGUAGAGAGGGCCUGACUGGGCGCUGUUACUGGGAGGUAGAGUGGAGUGGGAUAAUGGCUGAUAUAGGAGUGACAUAUAAAGGAAUCAGCAGGAGAGGAUGGGGAGAUGACUGUUGUCUUGGAUGGAAUAACAAGUCCUGGAGUCUGUUCUGCUCUGACAACAGUUACGCUGCCUGGCACAAUAAUAAACCCACUACCAUAGACGUCCGCCCCUCCAGCUCCCACAGAGUAGGAGUGUAUCUGGACUGGCCAGCCGGCACUCUGUCCUUCUAUAGAGCCUCCUCUGACACACUGACCCACCUGAUCACAUUCACCUCCACAUUCACUGAGCCCCUCUAUCCAGGGUUUGGGGUUUGGUAUGAUGGUGCCUCAGUGUCUCUGAAAAAAUAA